GGCCUCCCCGACGCCGCGAAGCUGCUGUGGCCUCGGGCUCUGCUGCUCCGCGCGCCAUGGACCCGGCGCUGGCCGCCAGGAUCGGCCAGGAGGUGGCCGACAAGAUGUUCCAAUACCGACGAGACGCGUCGGGCUGGAAAAUUUGCCGGGAAGCCAAUGGAGUUUCAGUGUCCUGGAGGCCAUCUGUGGAGUUUGCAGGGAACCUGUACCGGGGGGAAGGCGUGGUGUGCGGGACCCUGGAAGACGUGUGGGACUGUGUCAGGCCAGCUGAAGGGGGCCUGCGAGUGAAGUGGGACGAGAAUGUGACCGGUUUUGAAGUGAUCGAGAAAAUUACUGAUACUCUGUACGUGAGCAGGACCUCCACCCCCUCGGCUGCCAUGAAGCUCAUCUCCCCCAGGGACUUUGUGGACGUGGUACUGAUCAAAACAUACGAGGAUGGGACCAUCAGUUCCAACGCCACCCACGUGGACCACCCUGCAUGUCCCCCGAAGGCAGGCUUCGUGCGAGGAUUCAACCAUCCAUGUGGCUGCUUCUGCGAACCAGUGCCAGGGGAGCCUCUGAAGACCAACGUGGUCACGUUCUUCCAGACCGAGCUCAGCGGCCUGCUCCCCCAGAAUGUGGUGGACUCUUUCUUUCCCCGCAGCAUGGCCGGCUUUUACGCCAACCUCCAGAAGGCCGUGAAGAAAUUCCAUGCCUGACGCUAUCCGUCGCUUAAUGGCCAAGAACUCCCACCAUUCCUCAAGGCAUUCUGGGUGCUGGGUUCCAGGGAGCCUUGAGGCACCCAGGGCCCGAGUCUGUAUUUUGGAAUCUGCUGAUGGAUAGUAAGACCAGCAGCUGGGACCAGCAGCCUACCUACCCUCCCUUGCUCUUCCUUCCUCCAGGCAGGUGGAGAAGGAGAUAUCUGUGGGCAGCAAACACAUCUCUCCUCCAGCAGGAGGCCCCAAGGCUUCUGUGAGGGACUGCGCCCUGGGGCCUCCCAUGGGAUGCAUUGGGGUCCUAGGCUUUACAGACUGGUCACCGUCCAGACCACGUCACCGUUUGUCUCAGUCUUCGACACUAAGAAGGAGAGGCCUGUUGCGUUUGUUGCACCUGAUGUUAUUGACCUGUGCUCCCGACGCCCAGGGAUAUAUUUUUUUAACAUUAUGCCCUCAAAUAUGUUUUUAAUACCAUGAAAGACUCUCUUUCCCAGCUUUGAGAAAAACACCAGCUUGGGGAAAACAAUGAGAUGAGCGUUAAGGGGAAACACUCGCCCCUUUUCCUCGCAUACUUUCCACCAGAGUGUUCCAUCCGCUUUUGUGAGUUCACUUGCACUGAACCGGCAGUUUGCUGAGUCAGGCCCAGCCGGCCACCUCAGCGACCUCUUCUUACAGGAUUUGAAGUUGAGCAGCACUGCAUGCACAUGGAGCUCUGGGAGAAAAUCUGCUUCCUGGAAGGCAUCCCCUGUUCCUCAUCCUCUGUUCAGAUACCCCCUGGCUGCAAGUCCCGCUCACCCCUCACGGCUGCCCAGCUCCACUCUGAUGUGUUCUGGGGACCAGAGGCUGCACGGCUUUGUCAGCUGGAAGAGGUGUCUACAGGAAGUCAGCAUGGAGCCACACACGGCUGGGGACCUUGGCCCAUGGACUGGGAGCAGUUCAGGAACCCUGCCACACCCUUCCUGGGAAGUGGCCUCCGGUGUCUGACUGCAGGCCCCUCCUGUGCAGCCCGUUUCCCUGGAGUCCACGCCUGAGGUCCUACAGAUGCAACACCUCUCCCUUGUGUGGUACUGACCACCCCCAGUGGGGGGGUGAGCAAGCAUCCAAAGACGAAAACUUAGACUAGGGGCAAGAGAGGCUCCAGAACACAAUCCCACAUUCGGCUUCCCCCAGGGAUCACCUCCUCACAGGACUGUUGGAUUUACUUAGAGCUCAUUCAGCCACUCAGUGAGCACUUAACUGGGUGCUGACUCUGCUGAGCACUGUACUGUAUCCGCUCCUUGUGAGUGGAUUGCCCAGGUCCCGCCAGGGCUGGGUGCACCUGCCAGGUGAAGAUUUCAUGCCUACCCCUUUGAGACCCAGACACAGGUUCUCCCUUGUGCAGCCCCAUCUAGCCAGGUAGAUAAGGAACACGUUCCAGCAACAGCCCUGCAGACCCUGACACCCGCCCCCACAUGCAUCUGGUGGCGGUGUGUUAGAGUAGUUACCAGGGCGUGUGUCUGCUCUGGCUGUGCAGCUCAGACAUUGUGCUCUGGGCCAGUCGCCCUUAACAUCUUCUUAGACUUAAACAGAAGAUAUAGAAGCCAUGGGUACUGGUCCCAGCACUGCCUGGUUCAUGGGGUUCAGCACAGGUGCCGCCAAGCCCGAGAAAGCGAAGCCAGGGGCCGCUAGGAGGGCCUUGUACCUUAUCCUGUUCUCCCUUGGCACCCAUAUCUGUCCCCCGUCAGCACCUUCUCCCUGGACUGGCCCAGAUGUCAUCAUUUGGCUGGUUUAGGUAAAAAACAAACAAACAAAAAAAAAAAACUUCAGAAUGGGAAGAAUGCAGGCUGCAAACUUCUACACCUGUUCUUUCUCAGGAUGAAGCCAGCAGUGAGCAGAUGUUCCCUGUCCCAAGAUCACUAAGUGAGUCCCUAUCUCCCUGCCUGAGGACAGGAUCUUUGUUGCCCGCCAGCCCUGCCAGGAACCAUCAGAUGCCAUUAACAGAGGCCCGGGAAUAAAGACUUGAGCUCUUC